AGCUGUGGCCGAAACCGCAUCAAAGAUGGCAUCUUUCACGCCCGAAACCCUCCGCUCUGCCGCCAAGCAAUCCGAGGGCAUCCACCUCAUCCCUCUCUCCCUCCGCCGCGCCAUCAAAAAAUUCCUCCGAGAGCAGGAAAAGGCUCAUAUGAAUCGAAAGGUUCUAAGGCUAUCGGAGUCCUUCAGCCGAAUCAAGGACGUUAACCUCCAGCUGUCCGCCACUGCCUCACGUGAGCUCGUCGAGGACCCGCUCAGAUCCAUCGAUCGCCGGUCUGGCCGGUGGAAGAUACGCUCGGCGUAUGGGGACAUUGGUCUGCGGUACUCGGAGGAUGAGACUGUUGCUUAUGUUGCUUCGAGAAUGCCGGCUGUUUACUCUGCUUGCUUUCGAGUUCUCAAAGAGGUUAGAAGGAGGUUACCGGGAUUUAGUCCUGCUAGGGUUUUGGAUUUUGGUGCGGGGCCUGGUUCGGCGCUUUGGGCGAUGAGAGAGGUGUGGUCGCGUUCUUUGCAGCAAGUUAAUUUGGUGGAGCCAUCUAAAGAUAUGCAAAGAGCUGCUCAAAUCCUUUUACGAGAUUUGAAGGAGUUGCCAGUUAUUCAUAGCUAUGAUAGCAUCCAAGCAUUGAACCGAACACUCAAUAAGCGUGAGAGAGAGCAUGACCUUGUAAUUUCUUCAUAUGCACUGGGAGAGAUACCUUCGCUUAGUGACCGGAUUACCAUAGUCCGCCAGCUCUGGGACCUUACACAGGAUGUUCUGGUUCUGCUGGAGCCUGGAACUCCUCAUGGAUCAAAAAUUAUUCGCCAAAUGCGUUCCUAUAUCCUAUGGAUGGCUAAGAGGAAAUGCCGCAAGAGCAAGAAUAAAUCAGGCGAAGUCUCUUCUGAUGAGAUGAGCAUUGCUGUUGGUACAGCAGCUUUAAAGAAUGGCGCAUUUGUCGUUGCUCCUUGUUCUCAUGAUGGACGUUGUCCUUUGGAGAAUAGUGGUAAAUAUUGCCACUUUGUUCAGCGCCUGGAGCGCACUUCAUCGCAACGUGCAUAUAAGCGGUCCAAGGGUGAGCCCUUACGUGGUUUUGAGGACGAGAAAUUUUGCUUUGUUGCCUUACGACGUGGAAAAAGACCAAUGGAAGCGUGGCCACUUGAUGGUAUGGAAUUUGAAACUCUAAAGGAACAACAUGCUAAAAGGAACCCUGAGGAUCUUAUUAUUGACUAUGAGGACCAGUUUGGGUCUGAAGAAGACGAAGAGAGUGAAUUUGAAGACAGUCUAGUUCCCUACGCUUCUGACGUUGGAGAAACCAGCAUGUUUCAUGAGCACGAUGACGAAGAAGAAGAAGAGGAGGACCGAGCUGAUGUUGGAGGCGGUUGGGGCCGGAUAAUAUACGCGCCAGUGAGAAGGGGUAGGCAGAUACAGAUGGAUGUGUGCAGAUCCACCAAGAGAGACGGGUCGGAGGGGGCUUUUCAGCGCGUGGUUGUCACCAAGAGUAAGAAUCCUGCUCUUCAUCAUCAAGCUCGACGGUCUCUUUGGGGCGACCUGUGGCCUUUCUAGAGCUUGUUUUACCAUCUAGUGUUUGUUUUUACUGUAAUUGAUCUGUAUCAGUGAUGAUAACUUAUCCUUCUAUUCUCCACGCAUGUUUGUGUUGUCUCGAGAAGUACCAAGUUCUCCUCAUCACACUAAAAUAAACUCUUGGGUGACAAGGGAUGGUGAAUUUUCUCACUAUGAUCUUUGUUUUCUUGUCUUUGUUAUUGAUGUACAUAAUGCAGGCUACAGUUUUAUUGGAAAUUUAUUAUGUACGUGCUUA